ACAUAUUUCUCACUUUCAUUCAUUCGAUCAGGGGGUCCAAAAUGUGUGCGUUUGUGUAUUAGUAUUAUGGAUAUCCUUGAUAUUAUGGAUAUUCUUGAUCUUUUUCGAUGUGAAAUUUAUCUCAUUUCACUCUUCAACAGUGUAUAUAUAUAUAUAAAUGUGCGUGUGUGAGUGUGUGCGCUGCUUGCCUUUGUCUCCUGCUAGCCCAAUCAUAUAUUUAUUACCUUCCACUUUCAUCAUCCUCACUCACUCUCAAACUUCCUGAGGAGCACUAGCUAGCUAGCUAAGCUUCCAGAACUGUAUUUAUUCGUCCUUUAGUUUAUAUAUAUAUAUAUAUAUAUGCUCACAUUCACAUAUACUAAUUAACUAUACACAGGUUCGAGGGAAGGGAACACUUUUUCGGACGAUGGGUAACUACAAGUUCAGGCUAUCAGAUAUGAUGCCGAACGCAUGGUUUUACAAGCUCAAAGACAUGAGCAGGACCCGGAAUCCUCCCAAGAAGAUGACCACCAAAACCAAAACCAAUAACAAGAAGAAGACGAAGACGAAGACAAAGACGAUGAAAAAGUGUCGGAGUCAUGGCUCUCAUUCCUCUGCCUCUGCCCCCGCUUCUGCUUGUUCCGCCUCGCCCUCCCGGAAUUCCAUUCAUCGUUUCCACCCUGUGGCGCACGCCUACUCUUACUCCCACUCCUUCUAUGGAGUUGCACCUCCCAAGCCCACAACUGCCUUCGAGCAACUCUUCCACAGGUACCCUGUAAACUCGCCUCCUGAUGAUCAUGAUCCCCCUCAGACAGCUUCUCGCAGGCGAAAGUCCGCAAGGAAAACAGUCCAUAGGCCAUCUCCCAACCCUCGGCCCCAGAGACUCAUCUCUGCCCACUGGAGACGCUCUGUCUGGACUGAUGACGAUCUCAACAGCUCUCCCCCUGAUCAUUAUUUCGCGUCUCCUGCUCCUCCCACCGAUGGGUCGACUGACUAUGACAGCUCCUGCCCUGAUCUUGAAGGCCCCAACUCAUCGACCUCCUCCGAUGAUGAAUUAGAAGUAGCCUCAUCACGGUCGUGCUCCAACUGCAACUGCCAAAUCUUCUCUUCUUCUUCUCCUCCUCCUCCUCCGCCUCCUUGUGCAACCAUUACAGAUAUCAUCAUUGACAUGAACCAUGAACACUCCACUAGCCCCCCGAACAGGAUGAAGAACCCCAAAGACCAAGACGCCACUCCCGAGCCCAAACUCCCUCCUAUUUCAACACGGCGAGCGACUCCUGAUGACAAGAGCAGUACUGCUGCUGCCACGCUAAUUAGGAGAGCUUCAUUCAAGUUGGAGGGCUUCAAACGGCAUGAUCAACCCACUCGUUAUAUCGAGGUUGAUGAGGAGAGCGUUCGGCCUCGGACAGACCAAAAUUUUCGCGGUCACAUAGCCCGGAAAUCUACCAGUGGCACAUCCGCAGGUAUAAAGCUCCGUACAAACAACGCUUCUAGAGCUGCAGCAGGCAGGAAGAUGCAGGCAGCACGUGCACGGAAGAGCACAUCAUCAUCAGCCAUCGCAUGCUCUAAUUUCCCGAACAAGAAUCUCACCCGCAGCUUCGCAAUUGCGAAGUUGUCAGUGGAUCCUCAAGGGGAUUUCAAGGAUUCAAUGGAGGAAAUGAUAACGGGGCAUAACAUAAGGGCUUCCAAGGAUUUGGAAGACCUCCUGGCGUGCUACCUGUCCUUGAACCCGAGCCAACACCGCGACUACAUCAUCCGAGCUUUUGAGGAUAUCUGGUUCCAUAUUUUACGCUGACUACGUUUGAGGUAGCUCAUGGAGGAGGAGAUGUCAUUGAUAGCUUUUCUCCAAUGGUGUGGGACAUGUAUUGUUGAGCUUCUUCAGCCCAGACAGUGCCGGCAGCUAUCCAAUCAUAUAGUUUUGUGCAUGCCAUCUACAUUAAGUUUUUUUUUGCUAAAUAAAAGUCUAGGUCGGAUUAUUAAACUGUCUCAACUAAGGGAACCUGACCGUUACAGAAUGUUCCUUUCGCCAUAGCUCGUUGAGACUUAGUCCAACUUGAUCACCACAACCCCACCAGCACACUAGUGAAUUAAGUCCAAAAUCCACCGGAUCAAGCAUUAUGAAUCGGCCACCGCCAGCCCAUAAUACACUCAUAUAGUGGCGAGCUUUACGUUCUCAGUGAGGUUCGAACUCGUAAUGUUCAA